CAGUGUUUAUGAGUGCAGGUAGAUCUGAAACAGGACGUUCAACAUGUGAAGCAGAAAACUUCAACAUUUAAAACAUGUAAGGAGACAGACAGGUGAGCAGAAGGACAGGUAAACAGAAGGACAUGUAGACAGACAGACAGGUAGACAGACAGGUAAACAGAAGGACAGGUGAACAGAAGGACAGGUAAACAGACGGACAGGUAAACAGACAGGUAAACAGACGGACAGGUAAACAGGUGAGCAGCCGGUAUCUCAGGUGUUGGUUGGCGUUGAGGAGUUCACCACAAAAUGACGACUCCUCCUCCUCAACUUCCUGUCCCGAAGCCUCGAGCUCGUUACAUGAGGGACAGUCUGAGCUCCGCCUCCUCUCUGGACAGAGAUAUGAUUGGUGGAGAUCUACAACCAGUUCUGUCUAAUGGAGUUCACCUGAGCAUAGGUGAAGAUGCUCCUCCUCUUCCUCCUCUCGGUGGUCCCGGAGCCGUCUACCCAUCUCUGGCUGGCGUCACUGACAUCAUCGCGAACAGCAUCCCGUCAUUGGCUGCAUUUGCUGCCUCCAUCGGAGGCUCCGCCUUCACGCCGCCCACCCCCUCGGCCCCCCCCUCCAUAGACAGCAUGGCUAACAGCAUCGCUGCCCACAUACCUAGCUUAGCAGGAACUGCUAGCGCCGUGGCUAACCCAGCUGCUGCUAAGUUCCAUUCGGCCUCCACCGCCGCACCUGAUCCUGCACCUGAUCCUGCACCUGAUCCUCCACCUGCACCUGCACCUGCACCUGCUGCUACCGCUGUUAGCUUAGACAGCAUCUUUAGCUCGUUAGCUAACAUACCCAGUUUAGCGGGGCUUGUUAACAGCGUGGCUAACCCUGCUGUUAGCUCCAUGACGACCCCGUCAGCCCCGCCCCCUUCAGCUGAUAAACCCCACCCACCCUCUCUGCCGAGGAUCGGAGACGCUCACACAGAUGUUGGAGCGUUGUCACAGCUGGUGAUGUCAACGUUAGACCCGGAUGCAGGAGUCACGUUACCUCCGCUAGAGGCUGAGCCAACAGAGGACGUAUUUAAAGAGUCUCCUCACACCAUCAAAGAAGACAGCCUGUACGACACCGUGUUGGCUUGUUGGGCGAGCCAAGAGGAAGCUGACACUGACUCAUCCAAUGAGGAGGAAGAUACAGGAGCUAGCCACGCCCCCUCUGGUGCCGAUGGACCAAUGGAAGGAGAUCCUGCUUCCAACCCGCCUUCAAAUGCCAACAACCUCCCGGUCAAUCCUUCAGGUCGCCUGAUCCCCACCAGACCGGCCCCGCCCCCUCCUCAUCCUCCUCGCCAAUCAGCAAAGCCGAAGAAACAGAAGAUCCCAAGAGCGGCAACGAUCCGAGUGUCCAGGACGAAGGGAGGCAACAAGAGUUCAACGCCACAGAACGCCGUGGUCCGAGCCAGCUGGCUGGAUGUCUGGAAGGGCUUCAGACACAAUGUUUUAUGGGCGACGAUGGACGGACAGCUGAUGUCUCUGUGGAAGAAACGCACAGACCGGUUCAGCGAGGUGCUCUUUCACGUCUCCAGCAUCACCAAUGUGAAGAAACAGGACAAAGGCAGAUUCUCGGUUUACUUCAGGAAGAAACAUUACGACUUCAUGGCUCACAACGAUGAGGUCCACGCAGGUUGGGUCACGUCUCUGCUGGCGUCUCGAGGACAGCCGAGCCCCGCCCCCCCAGAACUCCACGGACAAAUCACCAUCAAGGACCCGCGGAGCCGCGCCUACGCCGCCCUCUGGGGUCACGACCUCUGGAUUUACUCCAACAAGGAGGGCUUCCAGCUGGGCAUCGCCUCCUUCUCCGUCCCCCUGAACGUGGCCACGGUGAAAUCUACGGGGAAACACUCGUUCAUCCUCAUCACGCCAUUCAAGAGCUUCAACCUGUCGGUUGAUUCGUCGAAGGAUCUCUCCUUCUGGUUGGACACUCUGUCCUCGUCCAUUCGCAGCGCUCUGUCCAACAGCCAGGUGGCGCUGCGUCUCUGGGAGAGCCCCGACAACAAAGUGUGCGGAGACUGCGGCGCCGCCAAUCCUGAGUGGGCGUCGAUCAACCUGCUGCUGGUCAUCUGUGACGCCUGUGCAGGUCAGCAUCGAGCUCUGGGCAGCAACCUGUCGAAGGUACGCAGUCUGAAGUUGGACAACAAGGCCUGGACUGAACCACUCAUACAGCUGUUUGUUACCUACGGUAACCGGCUGGCCAAUCAGGUGUGGGCUCCAGCGGUGCCGGCGGCGUUGCAGCUGAGUCCGGGGUCGUCUGACGGAGAAAGGUCGAAGUUCAUCCAGGAUAAAUACAGCAGGGGGCGCUACAGACGAGUCCACGCUCUGACCUCCUCGCCGUCUCAGAUGGAUCAGAGGCUGCGUCAGGUGGUCUGUGGAGACGACGUAGAAGAAACCAUGUCUCUGAUCUGCUCGGGAGCAAAGGUGAGUCAGACAGACCCUCAGAGCCCCUCCCCCAUCCUGCUGGCUGAGAGGGCCGGGCAGGCUCUGCAGACCGAGCUGCUCCGCCUCAACGAGUACACAGACGUCCCGCCGUACCUGCCCCAGUCAGCCAGUAGGAGGUGUGUCUCCGCCCCCUCAGGUGAGGAAGAGGAGGAGCUUCAUGGUAAACUGGAGGACGAUCGUUUUCUCUUCUCGUCUGAAAACGACUCGGCGGCGUGCGACGUCCUCGACCUGCGAGAAGUUCUGUCUGUGUUCCUCAAGGACGGACCGGCUCAUGAGUUUGAGAUGGUGACUCUGAGUGAACAGCUGAGCUGUACUGCUGACAACCAGGAAGCUCUGCUGAGUCACCUGGUUCAUAUAAUGAAGGUGAUUCUCCCGGGGGGCGUGUCCUAUGCGGAGGUGUGCGGAGCGUCUGCCGUCAGUAGAGUGUGUGUGGUUGAAGUGGGCGGAGCCUCGAGUCAUCCUGACGCCUGGUUGUUGCUGUGGGAGGACGGAGUCAGCGUCCAUCCCGUCCACAGAGACACUCAGCAGACUCUGAGGAUGGAUCUGAGCGCCCUCAGUCACCACGAAAUGGAUCCAUCUGAAAACAUCAUCACCAUGGUGACGGCAGACAGGAGGGUUUCGUUCCGGUUCGAGAGGCAGCACAGCUGUCAGUCCUGGUUCAGCCACCUGCAGAGAGCUCUGACCAAUCAGGGAGCAGCAGCUCCGCCGCGUCCUCCUGCAGCCAAUCACAGCUCAGCUCGUCAGUCUCUGUACCCGGUGAUGGACGUGAGCUCCAGAGGCUCCGUCCCGCCGGCCAUCGAACGCUGCGUCUCCCACAUGACGACCUUCGGUCUGAAGGUGGAGGGCGUGUACCGGCGCUGUGGUCUCGCUUCCAAAGUCAACCGAUUGGUGGAGGCUCUGAUGACAUCACCUAACUCCGCCCCCCUGGAGAGUGACGAGCAGGGUGUUCUGGACGCCGGCUCCGCCCUCAAACAAUAUGUCCGCCAGCAGGAGAGUCUGAUCCCCGACAGAGCCCGACAGCAGUGGACCCACGCUGCAGUGAUUUCAGAUGAACGCUCCAGGUUUUCAGCCUACCGACGGUUGCUACGGCAACUUCCUGAUGACAACCGAGCAACACUGAACGCGCUGUUUGGACACUUCUACAUGGUCCAGGUGUUCUCUCAGGUGAACAAGAUGUCGGCUCAGAACCUGGCUCUGGUUCUGGUCCCGACUCUGUUCCAGACUCUGAACCAGGACCUGCUGCGACUCACCAGAGAGUUCAUCAUCCACCACACGCUGCUGUUUCUGACGCCUGAGAGAGAGGAAGAGGAGGAGGAGGAAGAGCAGAUCACCGUCUUAUGAAGAAGAGAAGAAGAAGAAGACAGACGUCAGAUCACAUUUAAAUGAUGAAAUAUUAACUGUUUGUUCUCAUUUGGCCAAAAAUAUAAUUUACUACAGAGAAUAAAAGUUUUAUUCCAGUGAGACGUUUUCACCGUUUCAUCGUCUUUAUAAAAAUGUUAAAUGACCGUUAAUGUUACGUCAAAUAGAAACAUGAUAACCUGUCGUUUAUGAUCUCAUUUGUGAUGUCAUUGUUUAUGAUGUCAUCAUUUAUGACCUCAUCGUUUAUGAUGUCAUUGUUUAUGAUGUCAUCGUUUAUGACCUCAUUGUUUAUGAUGUCAUCGUUUAUGAUGUCUUCGUUUAUGAUGUCAUUGUUUAUAUUUUAACAUAAUUUAAAACUGUCAUCAAAAUAAAAGUGUCCCUCGUUAAUUUACUAAAA